GAUACUUGGUUGGCAUUUUUCGCUUUGUGGGGCAACUUCGAGAGAUCAAAUGGGAUGAGGCCCGGGCCAGCUGCCCUUGACGGGUUCCAACUUCUUGGGGAGGCGAAGGAAGAGAAGGAACCGAGGAAGUCGAGACCGGCGAGGUGCCAGUGAGCCCCGGUCGAGGCUUUAGCAGUAUGGUGUGCACUACCAACCUACCUGUAUUGUCUACCAGACCUCGAAUCAAUAAAACCAUCCAUCCAUUGCUCAACGCGGAUGUUGCCCCACGUCGGCAAGGCCCCCUCUUCCCCUCUUCAGCCCUCUCGACCGUCAAAAGCCUCUCUCUCUCAAAACACACGCGCACGCACUGUCAUGAGUCAAGCCUUUUUUACUGGCAGCUGGCCAGAGCUUGGGGGGCCUUCGACACGGAGCCGAGAGAGAGAGGAGGACAAGGAAAGAGACGAACACGGAUGCAAGGAGCAGUGUCCCAUUGUCAUCAGAAAACCCAUCGCGAACCAAGGGCUUGAUUCGGCCAAGCCCAUAUUAGAUUAUCACAUCGGCCAAUCAUUGAUGUCUCGCACCCUUCAUUGGGUGAAGAGUUGUGGUGCAAAGAUCUUGAUAUCGGGUUGCUCAUCUCCCGCCGAAAUCUCAUCAAAGGCCCACCCGAUGCCAUCACGAGGGGAGGCUUAUUGUUCCUCAAGCACAUCAGGCCAGCAAGCAAAGGCGGCAGGCAAUACGUCGUCGGUUGAUAAAAAAGGCAAGAGGUACUCGGUACCGUACCUACCUUACCUCAUGGCUACAGAUAGGUGGGCAGGCACUUAGGUAGGUAGGUACCUGCAUUGGCAUCCCUUCGUCUCGUCCAAUACAACGACAAGC